AUGGACAGCAAUCUAUUCUCACCACACCUCGUAAGAGGCCUCACUGACAAGAUUUACGAGAAGCGAAAAGCAGCUGCUUUAAUGAUUGAGAAACUUGUUCGCGACAAUGAGAACAACCCUGCUCGCAUUACUGAAAUCAUUGAGACGCUUGUACAAGACUUUGUCUAUUCCAACAACUCAAACGCGAGAAAUGGUGGUCUUAUUGGUUUAGCAGCUACGGCUAUUGCUCUUGGGCCGGGCGUUGCACCUUACCUUGAUAUCAUCGUACCACCGAUUCUGUCAUGCUUCAGCAAUCAAGAUUCCCGUGUCCGGUAUUAUGCUUGUGAAUGCAUGUACAACAUUGCCAAGGUUGCCAAGGGAGAAGUAUUGCGCUUCUUUAACAGCAUCUUUGACGCUUUAUGCAAGUUGGCAGCUGACCCGGCAGAUUCGGUCAAAAGUGGAGCUGAUUUACUCGAUCGCUUAAUAAGGGAUAUCGUCUCAGAAUUGUCAACCACCUACGUAUCAGUUCACCAGCAACCUUACAACCCCGUUGAAUCACAGGAUGAGACCGAUGCUCUUGUUGUUCCUACUUCGUUGCCACGCAACACUGCUUUCUCCUUGCCACGAUUCAUUCCAGUACUCAGCCAGCGCAUCUAUGCAUGUAAUUCAUUUACCCGACAAUAUCUUGUAUCAUGGAUUUCUGUACUCGAUUCUAUUCCCGAUCUCGAAUUGGUCUCCUUCCUACCCGAAUUCUUUGAUGGAUUGCUUAAUUGCCUAAGUGAUCCAAGUGCCGAUGUGCGUGUUUCAACAAGUGUGCUCCUCGGCGAGUUCUUGCAUGAGAUCCAACAGAGUGCUGCCGUGACACGAAAUCAUGAGCAUGGCGAAGGUGCUGCUGGUACAACAACCUCCGAUAUCGAUGAUGAGCAUAGCAAAGGUACCUAUGUGCCUGGUCAAGGUGUCAUUGUACAAUAUGAUCGACUCGUCGAAAUCCUUGUACGGCAUUUAUCAUCAAAGGAGGAACACAUUCAAAAGACCGCACUACAAUGGAUCAGCCAAUUCAUUGUCAUCGCACCAGAUGUGGUUAUCAGGUUCACGCCACGUAUCAUUUUUGAUGUGCUUCCAUGUCUCGCUCAUCCAACCGAAGUCAUUCGAGAAACGGCCAAUGAAACAAACGACAAGUUGCAGAAAUUGGUUCUCAACGCAUCACCUGUUCCAAAAUCAUCCUCCUCUUCCGCCGCCGCCGCAGCAGCUGUAGCAACAACAACAACAGCCCCUCAACCUGAAACAAACGAAUCUGAAAAGACCAGCACGAAGCAAAAUGAUCAACAAGAGAAUCAUGAUGAGAAGGCAGUGGAAUCAGCGGCUUUGAAAAAGAGUGGGGGUCCUGUUACUGAAGAUGAUCCUUUCGAUUAUCAAGCCACCGUAUCGAAUUUAAGGUUGCAGUUUUUGAACGAGAAUGAAGAUACAAGGGUAGCUGCAUUGGAAUGGUUAUUGAUGUUGCAUGGAAAAGCACCAACAAAGAUCCUUGUAUCAGACGAUGGAACAUUCCCAGCAUUGCUAAAGACCUUGUCCGAUUCAUCCGAUGAGGUCGUGCGACGUGAUCUACAACUACUUGCACAAAUCUCAUCCCAUUCCAAAUACGAGUACUUUCGUGAUUUCAUGACCAAUCUCCUAUCAUUGUUCAGCACCGAUCGACGCCUACUCGAAUCUCGUGGAAGCCUCAUCAUUCGACAACUAUGCCUUAGUUUGGACUCCGAGCGCAUUUAUACCACCAUUGCAGAUAUCUUAGCAAAUGACGAGGAUCUUGAAUUUGCAAGCAUCAUGGUUCAAAACCUGAACAUUAUCCUUAUUACAUCUUCUGAAUUGGGUGACCUUCGAAAGCGACUUCGCAAUUUGGAUCAAAAGGAUGGUCAACAAUUGUUCAACACCUUAUACCGAUCAUGGUGCCACAAUGCAGUGGCGACGUUUUCCCUCUGUUUAUUGGCCCAAGCCUAUGAGCACGCUGCCAACAUGUUACAGGUCUUUGCCGAGCUCGAAAUCACAGUCAGCAUGUUAAUCCAAGUCGAUAAGUUGGUACAGCUUUUGGAAUCCCCCGUCUUUACAUACUUGAGAUUGCAACUUUUGGAACCCGAGAAAUACCCCUACCUCUUCAAGUGUCUUUAUGGUAUCUUGAUGCUUCUCCCCCAAUCUUCAGCAUUUUCCACGUUGCGCAAUCGGUUGAGCAGUGUAUCAUCUUUGGGCUUUUUCCAUGUCAUGCCAAAUAAGGGAUCUCAGGAACCAACAACAACCAAAACGAGAAGCACCAAAACCAAAUCAGCGGAUGAUGGCAUCAAGUUUCAGGAAUUGUUACAACAUUUCAAGCUGGUACAAUCGAGGCAUGAACGACAACGGAAAUUGGCCAUCCAAAACGCUCCACGAUCCAACCUAAAAUCUCGGCGAUCACGUUACAAUAGUGAACCUUCCUUCCAGUAUAUACGUGACGAUGGUAGCGGCAAUACUCCUCAUUCCAAUGGUGUGCAUCCCAAAAAUGGAUCAACGAACAACAGCAGCCACCUCCUUCAUAUGAAACAAAACAACAACAUGCUGAUGGGAAGUUCAAGCGGAUCAAAUGGUGGUGGAAACCAUGGCAACAGUGAGCAUGGUCGGUCAUCAUCAUCCAAUGUGAAUAGCAGCAGCAAUGGUGGUACGAGCAAUUUCAUGCGAGCAGCCGCAGGACAAAAUGCACGGAUGAUCCCACGUAAAACAACAACAACAACAACACGUAAAUGA